AUGGCCGCCACUCGACCCACGCAUUCCCACACGGGCAACUUACUCCCCGCGAUCCUGAUGCUGCACGGCGGCGGGUCCAACAGCACGGUGUUCAAGAUCCAGUGCCGACGCCUGAUCUGGAACCUCGAAAAGCAAUUCCGGUUCGUGUUCGUGCAGGCGCCCAUCGAGGGCACGCCGGGGUUUGGAAUGCUGCCCGUUUUCGCGUCCUGCGCGCCCUUUUACCGCUGGGUGAGCCGCAAGUUCAAAGCCGGCGAGAGUGACCAGGAGGCCACCCCGCCAGAAGAAGUCGAGGCGGUGGAUAACGUGAUUCUCAGGGCCAUGGAGGACAACGGUGGCGCCGACAGCUUUGUCGGCAUCAUUGGCUUUUCGCAGGGCGCGAGGCUCGUUCCGGGAUUGCUCCUGCGGCAGAAGAUCGAGGAGCGCGACGACUCAUCAUCGGGCGAGAGUCGAUGGAAAUUCAAGUUCGGCGUCAUGAUCGGUGGGCCGUUCCCGCCCAUUUCGCUGAGCGAGACCGUCGACGUCCGCGACUACGACCUCCUGCGCCAAAUCCCCACCGUGCACGCGUGGGGCCGUGACGACCACGUCAAACCCGGCUGUCUCGAGCUGCUCAAGGCCUGCGACAGCGACGUCUGCUUCCACAUGGAUUUCGAGGGCGGACAUCACCUGCCCCUCAAGGACGUCGAGGCCAAGGAUCUGUGCGAUCUCAUCAUGGCUGCGUGGUAUGCCGCUGGGGGAACGUACGGGGUUAGUGCAGAUGAGACGUAUUGA